UACUUUCUGUUCCUUGCUACUUAAGUCUUAUUUCUCAAACACAUCCUCCUAUUCUGGAAUAAGCAAAAUUUAAUCUGAGUUUUAUAACUUGUUUGGAUUUAAGAAAUGUAGGGAGGAGUUUCCUUGUAACCAAAUUCUUCCUGACACAACAGUUCACCCUGAUUUACCAGUUUUGCUAGCAUUGUUAAGCACAGAGAGUUCAGCUGCAAUUUUUGACUGAUUCAUGUUCUGGUGAAGAGAGAAAAUUGCCCUAAGGAAGUUGUCAUUGCUGAAAAGUACUGAUGAAAAAAAAUAACUCUCCCAUUUUCAGGCCGAGAAAAGACACCUGUGUCAUGGUCUGAGCACGGGUUGGAAAAGACUUUUCAGACGCAAGGCAGAAUAAUGAAGAUGUGAUGGCUGAAGUUUUAGCUGCUGUCUUGGACCUGAGGCAACCUUGAUGAGAAAAGCCACAAAUUUGGAGAGUGGAAAAGAAAGACAGAGGGGAACCUAGGUCCCCGGUAACUGCGGCUCUCUCCUAUCAGACCUGGCAUGCCUACCUCAGACUUCAUUUACAUGUAAACUACAGAAUUGAAGUUUUGAAGGAUGGGUAAAGACUUUCGUUAUUAUUUCCAGCAUCCCUGGUCUCGCAUGAUUGUGGCUUACUUGGUGAUCUUCUUUAACUUCUUAAUAUUUGCGGAGGACCCGGUUUCUCAUAGCCAAACAGAAGCCAAUGUUAUUGUUGUUGGAAACUGUUUUUCGUUUGUAACAAAUAAAUACCCUAGAGGAGUUGGCUGGAGGCUUCUGAAGGUGCUUCUAUGGCUACUUGCCAUUCUCAUAGGACUCAUAGCUGGCAAAUUUCUGUUCCAUCAGCGUUUGUUUGGUCAGUUGCUUCGGUUAAAAAUGUUUCGAGAGGAUCAUGGAUCGUGGAUGACAAUGUUCUUCAGCACAAUUCUCUUUCUCUUCAUAUUUUCUCACAUAUACAACACGAUUCUUCUAAUGGAUGGGAACAUGGGAGCAUAUAUCAUUACAGACUAUAUGGGCAUCCGAAAUGAAAGUUUCAUGAAAUUAGCUGCAGUAGGGACCUGGAUGGGGGACUUUGUCACAGCUUGGAUGGUCACUGAUAUGAUGCUUCAGGACAAGCCUUAUCCUGAAUGGGGAAAAUCUGCAAGAGCUUUCUGGAAAAAAGGAAAUGUUAGGAUCAUUUUAUUCUGGACGGUUCUUUUCACGCUGACAUCCGUGGUUGUACUGGUCAUUACGACGGACUGGAUCAGCUGGGACAAGCUGAAUCGGGGAUUUUUGCCCAGUGAUGAAGUUUCCAGAGCCUUCCUGGCUUCUUUCAUCUUGGUCUUUGACCUCCUUAUUGUAAUGCAGGACUGGGAAUUCCCACAUUUCAUGGGAGAUGUCGAUGUAAAUCUUCCCGGGUUGCACACGCCGCACAUGCAGUUCAAGAUUCCUUUCUUCCAGAAGAUCUUUAAGGAGGAAUAUCGUAUUCAUAUAACAGGUAAAUGGUUUAACUAUGGAAUUAUCUUUCUCGUCUUGAUUUUGGAUCUUAAUAUGUGGAAGAAUCAGAUAUUUUACAAGCCUCAUGAAUAUGGACAGUAUAUUGGCCCAGGGCAGAAGAUAUAUACAGUGAAAGACUCAGAGAGUCUGAAGGAUUUGAAUAGAACCAAGCUAUCCUGGGAAUGGAGGUCCAAUCACACCAACCCUCGCACUAAUAAAACCUAUGUUGAGGGAGACAUGUUCUUACAUAGCAGAUUCAUAGGGGCAAGCCUUGAUGUCAAGUGUCUGGCUUUUGUUCCAAGUUUGAUAGCUUUUGUGUGGUUUGGAUUCUUCAUCUGGUUCUUUGGACGGUUUUUGAAAAAUGAGCAAGGCAUGGAGAAUCAAGAUAAAACUUACACGCGCAUGAGAAGAAAAUCCCCAUCAGAACAUAGCAAGGACAUGGGAAUCACGCGAGAAAACACCCAGGCCUCCGUGGAAGACCCGUUGAAUGACCCCGCCUUGGUGUGCAUCAGAUCCGACUUCAAUGAGAUAGUCUACAAGUCUUCCCAUCUGACGUCGGAGAACUUGAGCUCGCACUUGAAUGAAUCGACCAGCGCCACAGAGGGAGACCCAGAUCCAACAACUUCUAAAAGUACACCGACGAACUAAAUCCACUUAUUGGGGAAUAGCACGAAGAGCAACCUUGAGUGUAACUUUCAAAAGUUAGUCUUUCCAUUUGUAAAUGUAAGGUUUACGUAGCGUUAAGUAAAGAAAUACAAACGAUGCCACAACGGUGCUCAACUUGCUUUUUUCUAGGACUCAUUAUUUUCUACUUGUAUUAUGAUACCUGUGCCUACAGUAUAUCUAACAGUCCUCUAGAGAUUGCUUUUCACAGUUGCACAAGCUACUUACUGACUUUACAGCCUAGUAGAUUAGCUGGUUACCCGCGUAUCUCAUGUCCGACCAUAGUGGUGCCUUGAGACAUUAAACUUUUUAACUGUACCAGAAACGAAGUGUGGAAGAGUCCUCUAACCUGCUUCACAUGGGGUUUUUUGUAUAAAAUUAUUUUGAUCUCUCCUUGAUGUCUGAGCAGGAAACAGAUAUAGCCAAGGUGUGAUUCAGAAAGUAUUGAUAUGUCUUGGUUUCUUAUUCAGCAGCAGAGUUGGUGACUUUGACAGCUGGACUGCAGAGAAGCAUGGUGAUUACCUUUGAGUUUUUGUUGGCUAUCUGCCAAAUACAAAUACAGAUGCAGAAUUCAGUAAUAGAAUGAUAAUCCAGCAUGGGUCACUACUGUGAAAUGUGACUUUCUCCAACCAGUAAUUGCAAUUAGAUGAUAAUACCUAAUUAUGUUUUCCUAAUUAAAGAUAAAUUGCUACCUGAUUAAAAAUCCUGCCCUUCAUCUUUGGGAACAAAGGUUAAGAGGCACAGUUAGGUGAACUCUCAAAUUUAUUGGCAUUUACACAAAGCCCUUGAAAACCAAGGAACUGAAGUUUUAAUCAUGUGAGGGUUGUGCAGCCUACCAUCUACAAUAUUUGUACAUCUUUCUGUAAAUAUGGUUCUGGACAGUGAAAAUUGAAAAACAUAUGCCAACCCUGAGCAAGGGAACUCCUCUAAAAAAUCAUGCCGUGGAACUUGGUGAGGUAGAAAAAAAGAUGUGCAUGAAAGAGUCUGUUUACUGGCUUGUUUUGUGUGUGCAGUUUCUUUGUUUUUGUUUUUGUUUUUAAGAACUAAACAUCGCACAUUAAUAAAUCAGAAUUAUACAUCAGUAA